AUGGAUUAUCCCAUUGACGCCGACGUUGAAGAUAUUCUGAACGAUUCUCUGACCCUUCUUGGAGGGGAACCAGUCUCGGAAAACGAGCUCAUACAAUAUGGCCCUCUGAAACUCACCAUAGCCCCCAAGGCCAAUACCCUGCUCGCUGACCACCUCUUCUCGCCCUCUCUUCUCCUGGCCGAACUCAUCGAACGGAAUCUUCUCCCAGCGAAAGGCAAAACAGUGCUCGAGCUUGGAGCAGGAUGCGCGUUACCAUCUCUACUGUUGGCGACCUUGGCCCACGACACGCCCUCCCUGGUCGUCGUUACAGACUACCCCGACGAUACCAUCUUAUCAAAUCUACGAAGCAACGUCGAACGAAACCAGGAGGCAUUUCAGCCUUCGUGCGGCGUACAGUGGGCUCCGUUCGAGGGUGUACUCCCUGAAGGACGAAGAGACGGCUACGACAUCCUCAUCCUCUCCGACCUACUCCACUUCGACCGCUCGCACGAUGUUCUGAUCUCUUCGAUGACCUCUCUUCUUAGCCCCUCCACCGACGCGCGAGCCUACAUCGCCGCUGGGUCAUACACGCGACCAGAGGUCCGCGAUACCUUCCUCCGAAAGGUCGAGGAGGCAGGAUUGCAUGUAGACCCUGGGCCCGGAUCCGCUGGGGAUAGUCUGAGUCCAAUUCGGGCUGCAGGUGAUACACAUGCCGAGUGGUUGGGCAAACUACAAGUGAGCGGAUUGGAUAGGGAACAGCUGUCUGCGCGUAAAGCUGUAUGUCGGUAUUGGACCGCUCGAUGGGCGUAG